AUGCUACACCGCACCGAGAUGCACGCCUGGACCUGUAUCCUGAGCCUCACUGGGUUUUGCCUCGUCUCGAACGCGUGGGUCGACACGAAUGCGCGAGACCGCUUGGUGGCGGGGACAGCGCCAGCGCUCGCGACAUUCGCUUUGGCCCUCGUCCGCGUCGCCGGGCGCUGCUACAACGGCGUCACACAC